AUGUAUAGAUGUGAAAGAUGGAUUAGGGGUUGGCCCUCGACUGCUUCGAGUUCAGCAGAAACAGAUGCGCCGCCUGCGUUGUAUGAGCAGAGUUUGGAUCGGCUCGCGUGUGCGAUGGGUGGACGCGCGAUUUUGCCACCUGCGUUCCAGUACAUUCCAUCGAUGAUGGCGAGCUAUGAUUGGCGUGUGAGGCAUGCUGGGUUGAUGGUGAUCGCUGCUAUUGGAGAAGGGACAGGCAAGGUUAUGCAAAAGGAACUGGAGAAGAUCGUCGACCUUGUGACGCCCAUGUUUAACGAUUCACAUCCUCGCGUCCGGUAUGCGGCGUGUCAGUGUAUAGGGCAGCUGUGUACAGAUCUCGAGGAGAUUCUGAUAUCGCCACACAUCCAGGAAAUCAUCCAACACCGCUUCCACCGCCAACUCUUCGCUGUCCUCAUCCCCGCCCUCGAAGACCCUGAACCACGAGUUCAUGCGCACGCCGCCUCGGCGCUUAUCAACUUCUGCGAGGGCGUCGAGCGUGAUACCCUCCUUCCCUAUCUCGACCCGAUUGUCGAGCGGCUGCUGAAGUUGUUGAAUCCGGGCGGUGACCAGACGCAGGUGAGGCGGUAUGUACAGGAGCAGGCGAUCACGACGCUUGCGAUGGUUGCGGAUGCGAGUGAGGUUACGUUUGGAAAGCAUUAUCCGACGAUUAUGCCGCUUUUGUUGAAUGUGCUUCGGAAUGCGGAGGGCCCGGAUUAUAGAAAGUUGCGUGUGAAGGCUAUGGAGUGUGCUGGCUUAAUCGCCAUCGCUGUUGGCCCUGAUGUCUUUAGGCCCGACUCGAAGACGCUCGUUGAGUUGUUGAUGCAUAUUCAACAGGGACCCCACGACCCCAAUGAUAACCAAGUAGGACAUUAUCUGAUCGCGACGUGGGCCAAGGUGUGCCAGGCCCUAGGUCCAGAGUUCGAGCCGUACCUACCUCUCGUGAUGCCCUCCCUGCUUGCAACAGCUGGUGCAAAAGCAGAUUUAUCUCUAUACAACGACGAAGAUGAAUACAGUGACGAACGUGACGGGUGGGAGACCAUCGUGAUGGACGGGCAGACGUACGGCGUCCGCACGUCCGCGAUGGACGAAAAGUGUCAAGCAUUCGAGACGCUUGUGAUAUAUUGCUCGACACUGGGUCCACGUUUCGCCCCGUUUUUGGGCCCCACCCUUGAGGUGACGCUUCCGUGUUUGAGGUUUUACUUCCAUGAAGGGGUUCGUGAGGCGUGUGUGAUGCUGGUCCCAAUGCUUCUUGCGUGUGGCAAGCAGAGCGGGACCCUCACAAAUCAGAUGGUAGCCACUGUCUUCCAUCAGCUCAUCACCUGCAUCAACACCGAACACGAUGCGACCUUCCUCGCAUCGCUCUACAAAUACUUUUCCGAAUCCCUACGGGUGAUCGGAGGACCCGAGGCGCUCUCGCAGCAGUUCCACGAAGCGGUGAUGGAGGCGACGAAACGACAACUACACUCGAUGGCCGACAGACGCAAAGCGCGCGCCGCACGCGUCAAUGGCACUGGCGGACCCAUGAGUAUGAGCAUGGGCAUGGGAGACUACGACCGCGAUGAGAUGGCGCUCGUGGAGGAGAUUGAAGAUUUCGCGCUGGAGGAUAUGGGCAAGAUGUUGAUGUGCUUUGACCCGAACCAUCCGCUGCUUGUGGCUGUUGCGGGUGUGAGGGACUUAGGGUUCAAUACAUAUGAUAGUGAUGAGGAUGGUGAGGAGGAGUGA